CUGACAUCCAGCUCUUCAGUCACAUCUGCCAUCCGUGAUAUGAGUGAGGAACUAGGGUACAAACACACUUGGAAAAUCAGUCUAGAUACCACAUACAGCAGAGCCAGAGGCAUCAAGUGAAGCAGUACCUGACCCUCGACACCAAGCUGUCCAGCCAGACACUCUCCCUCUCCCACUCUCACACAAUCCAGCCUGUGGGAGUGACCUCCAUUCUCAGAAACGGACACAUGCCUCCAGUCAGCGAUAUUGGCACACCUGAGAGCCCCGUUACCAAGCUGCUGGCCCUUGGGGGCGAACACGAAAAUGCGAUGGAAGAGGUGAUUGAAGACAUAAUCAAUAUGGAAUCAAAUUUUAAUGAUGAAGGCAUAGGUUGUUCUGAAACUCCUUUACUAAUGCAAAGAACUCUAUCUAGCAGCAUUUUGGAUAUAUAUAACAGUGACCAGGGAAUGGCACCAGCUAAUGUGAGUCUCACAAAUGCUUCUUGCCCAGCUAAUCUACCAGUAAAAAGGGAACUCACAGAAGCAGAUACAAGAGCAAUGGCAAAGGAGAGACAAAAAAAGGAUAACCACAAUCUCAUUGAGAGAAGAAGAAGGUAUAAUAUUAACUACCGAAUCAAGGAGCUUGGCACACUCAUCCCCAAGUCCAAUGAUCCUGAUAUGCGCUGGAACAAAGGGACUAUUUUAAAAGCAUCAGUGGAGUACAUCAAGUGGCUACAAAAAGAACAACAGAGAGCCAGAGAAUUAGAACACAGGCAAAAGAAAUUAGAGCAUGCUAACAGAAGACUCCUACUCCGAAUUCAGGAACUGGAGAUCCAGGCACGUGCACACGGCCUCCCAGUCAUGUCUUCACUCACUGCUGUCGAUUUAGCUGCACAGGUCAUCAAGCAACAGUCUUAUCCAGAGGAAAACUCUGUAGACUACUCUCAACAAAUACCUCUGGUACAUGGACAAAAUUCUGAUGUUUGUGAUGGAUCUACAGCGUUUUCUGAUCCCCUUUCACACUUCACAGAUUUGUCCUUCAGUGCAGCUUUAAAAGAAGAACAAAGUCUAGAGGAAAUUUUAUUGGAUGACACAGUGUCGCCAUUUGGAACAGAUCCACUCUUGUCCUCCACAUCCCCAGCUGCAUCCAAAGAGAGCAGCAGGAGAAGCAGCUUUAGCACAGAUGAUGGAGAUGAUUUAUAAAAGCAGAGGGGGUCUCAUACUUUUCUAAACCACUUGCUAAAGACUGAUUUGAAUGUAAGCAUGUUGUUUGUUCUUACUUUAAAUACUUAUAAGGAGGGACACUGUGAAGAUGUUACUACGUGACAAAGGUUUAAAUCAGCCCUUGCUUCACAGGAAAAUGAGAUGGACAUGAACUCAUAUCACUUUGCCCCAAAUUUACCCUCUGUUCAUAGCUGACAUUUGCACAAAUCUUUCUUCACUGGGAAUAUUUCUACUAUCAUUCUAUGACUUCUUACAGUACUAUGAAACUGGUUACUACAAAAGGAAUACCCAUAUUACAAAACUGUACUCAAACUCUUUUCUAUCUGCUUAUACUUUGCUAAAAACAUGAGUUUUAGUAAUUUUCUAAUUUCUUUAUUUUAUAUAACUAAAAAUUCUAUGAAAUGUGAAGCAACAGAGAACUAUUUGAGCUGGGAAUUGCAGAGAUGUUACAGAUUUUAAAAUUUAAAAAUUUAAAAAUACAGAUGGUAAUGCUUUCACACAGGUAAAGUAAGCAUGUAGUUUAAACUGUGUAGGCUUCUCUUUAAAAGGAAAAAAUCCAUUAAGCUUUCCAUGGAAUGCCAUUAGUUUUGGGGUUUUUUUUAUUUCAUUUGUAGAAAAAUGGAAGCUAACAUAAUGACAGAGACUCAAAUGAACUGAGACACAAAAAGAUAUGGCAUUGCAUCAGAAAAGCCGUAUGGAUGUACAAGACAUCACAGACAUUCCAUGUUACAAUUAGCACAAUUUAAAACUACUGGUAAUACUGCUAUGUCAGCUGCUUAUUUCAAGAAUAUUCAAACUGUAUUCUUUUUUAUGUAGAAGAGACUGGAAUUCAGAGAUACAAUCCUGUGCUUUUGAAUGAUGCUUUCAGUUCCUUUGGCAGCACAGUGAGGUUUUUCCAAAGGGACUGUAUCCAUAUGCCUUUGAUCCAUUUGGACCCAGAGGGAAAUGAGAAGAUUCCCAUUCCAUACGCUUGAAACAAAGAGAAUUUAAUUUUGAAUUUGGCUUUAGAUUCACCACAGAAAAGCUGAAAAGGUAGACUUUUCAAACUAAAGGGGAUAUUGAGAAACACUGAUGUGAUGCACUGCCUCUCUUAACUAGCUUGCUAGGAGGGGACAUUCAGAAAACCUGUUCUGAUGACUCAGUAAAGACUUGUCAGUUAGAGGGCAGGUAGAAGGCAUAUCACUUCUAUACUUAGUGAAAUUCUGGAGAGUGAUGUAUGUUCCUGGAGGACACUAAGUGUAAUCAUUCUAAUUGUAAUAUUAAUAAAUGGGAAAAUAAAGUGGCACAGGGUCGUCACAGCUCUUCCUCAACCAAAGCCAAAAGAUCACAUCAGGGAGUUCUCUAAUGAUUCAAAAUAUGUUUCAAAAGUGUGUAUUAAUUUUGCUGUCACCAAGCCUGCCUCACAGCCCAGAAACAUCACAGGUUUGGAAAUAGUAAGAAAAGAUUAAAGUGGAUUGCUGUUUGUAUUAACACUUAAAAUGUCUUUAAACUUAUUAACGAAAACCAGAGCAAUUGUUUCUUACUAUUCUGUUAUGGGUACCUGGGUCCUCCUCACAGUCCUUGUGAGGUUCGUUUUCCUCCCACAUCACAGCACAUUCCUGACCAACCCAGUCAGUGUCACGAUAGUUUCAUAAUCAUAAAUUUAGCAGCUGGAUAAUAAAUUACAUCCAGAUUGCUAUGAAAGAUGAUGGAGUGUCCUAUUUCAGAAGAAUAUUUAUAUUUUUAGGAAACUCAAGGUUUUCUAUGAGCCUGUGCAAACUACUUGGAUAUAAGGUGGUCUGUAAGAACAGAUUUGACCAUUAGAAGAGGCUACAAUAUGCUCCCACUUCAUGGUUAUAAAUUAUAACAACAUGAAACAGAAUUCUGGUAAUUUUUUUUCUUUUUUUUGGGUAGGGGUUUUGCGUUUGUUUCUUUUUUGGUUUUGCAGUAUGUAGGAAAGAGCUGCAAAAGGUGGAUGAGCAUUACCCAAAGAUAAUUGGAUGUAGGACUGAACACCAUUUUAAUUGAAGUGCUUUUAAAUUGGAUUAAUUAAAAGAGGAAGUACUUUGUCACAGUUUUCCCAAAGACUAGCUAAUAUUGACAUCUGAAUACAAAAUAUGAUGAAUUAAAAGUAACAUUUAGGAGCAUAUUAGGUCUAGUAUAGUAUGAGUAAUUCCAUUUCAGCUGAGUAUUGUCCAUAUUCAGGAAGGGAUAUUUGGUUGAUAUCAAAUGCCAUUUGUCCUUGUACUGCAGUUUCUACUACAUUAGUUUUAAAUACACCAAUGUGGAUUGCUCAUAAUGGAGAAAAAGAAAUUAAAUAUGAAUGUAUGACAUGAUUUUCCCAUUGAACUUUUACAUGUGAGUUAGACCAUACUUCUGAACUAUACUGACUUUAAAUAACAUCCUGAAUUUCAUCACUUUUAUAAGUGCUGUUCUAAAAAAACAUUAUAGUGCAUCCAUUAAAUUUUUUAAAGUUGAUUUUCAUUCUUCUGACAAUUGCUUCAGUUUAAAGCACAAGAAUUUUUCUCUCCCUUUUUGCAUGAGAAACUUGACAGAAGCUAGUGAAUGUUCUUUUUGCAAUAUGCUGUAUUUCAUGUAUCGUUAAACAUAUUCAAGCUGUUUUCAUUCACUCAAAAUCCUCAGCCCCCUUGCUUAAAACACUAAAUGCAUCAAUGCCCGCGGGUGUUUAUUAUGGCAAUGGUGUUUCACCAACAUUGCAUUUUUUCUAGCAGAAAGUCAUCAUAAUUAGUACGUUAACUAAUGGCUAUAGACUGGAUUACAGCUUCACCCUUGAAAUUAAGUGGUGGUACAAGGUGCAAAACUAAUCUAGGACAUUCUGGGGAUUAAUAGGUGCCACUGAAGGUAUUUAGGAGAUGUGUGUGCUGGCAGCCACAUCCCAGAUUUCUAGAGUAAGCCCUCCCUCUCCCAUCCCAGGUUCAGUGAUGCUGCUGUGAAGCUGAGAGGACUGCUAUGGCAGAGCUGAGUACAUUCCUAACAGCUUGCACAGAGGAAAGGGAUUUCAUGACUACUGGGACAAAUCCUGACAUCAGGCAGAAUUUUUUGCUGCCUAUGCAAGUAUUAUUGGGCUGAAACACGGUGCAAGCGAAAUACACUUUUUGGCUAUUUCCUACAGAGAUCUGUUUAGUGAAAUCUCGUGAAAGAGGUGCAUAACCUGUCUGUGGUUCUGGGCCUAGAAAAGAAUUUAAAGUCUUACAGAGCUUGACCUCCAGCUGGGCGGGGGGUAGGGAAACUGGCUAUUUUUGUCAAGAUGUAUUAAAUGAGAAGUUCUUGCUUGUUUUCAGUAGCAACUAUUCAAAGCUGGUGGACAUAUUCCUACAAAAUACACAAACCAGCAGACUGAUAAUUACACAAAAGGAAAGGGAGUCAAAAUACUAACAUCUUGUUUAAUUCAUAACAUGGAUAUAGAUCUAUACUAAGAACAGAGAACUAAAUUAUUUCAUUGUGCAGAGUGUGGGUUCUGUGAAAAGCUACACUAAGUGCAAACAGUUUUAACAAACAGGAAUACAGUUGCUUUAUACAGUAAAAUAACUAAAUAUAGUUCCUUCACUUAAUAUGACCAUUGCUAUUACAAUACUUUUUGAAUUUAAUAGGACUGUAUAUAUGAA